AUGAGUAGCUAUAUGUUGCUUCUGGGAAAGGAAGACUUUGGUAGAGUGAAUCCCAGUAAAGCUGUAGCUCUGAUCGAGUUGCGACUGUUGCCAAACAAUGGCGAAGAUGGCGCAGUCGGGCCUGUGAUCGUGCUUCCUAGCCUCACUAAGCAUCCACCACCCGGCAUGAAGGUCUUAGCAAGCCUCUAUAUGCGCAUGCCGCUCGCCGUGUUGGAGCCAAAUCCUGCUGAUCUGAGUCCGGGGGACUCCAACUCCAGAGGAUCAGAAUUUGAGCCAACAGCUGACAUGAUGGUUCAUGAUUAUGAUGAUGAGAGGACACUUGAAGAAGAAGAAGCCCUUGAUGGUGAUGAAGACAGUCAGUCAGAACUCGCCAGUUUGCAGAAGGAACAAGACAUGCCAUUAGAUGACUUACUGGUGCUGUAUGGUUAUAAGGAGGGAGAUGAAGCAACUAGGUCUUCCUCAUCAGAAGAAAUCCUGAGUAAUCAAGAUCUUACCCUUGACAAAGAUGAAAUAGCACGUGAUCUUCUCAGGGAAAGUCUCCACCCAUUGGCUGGGGAAAGGGGGAAAGAUUCAUCAAGCCAGAGCCUUGAUGACGAGUCCAGAACAACUCAAGAAAGGGAUGAAGAUGAGGAGACUGAUGAAGAAGAACCUGUUGGCAGUGCUCUUAGGCAGUUGGUGGAAGAUGAACCUGCACAUGAGGAUUCUGGGAAAACCUGCCCCAGUAGAUUACUGCGAUCUGUAUCCAGACAGCAGAGUGACGAGGAUGAGGAGGCAGACUUGGGAUAUAUACCUGAUGAUGAAGAAUGGAAGAAAAUGAUAAUGGUGGGCCCAGAGCAUCAAGCAGAUGUUCCAAGUGGACUGAGCUCAUAUGGAGAUGCAUUGCCAUAUGAAAAUGAGGAUACACUUAUGUGGGAUCCUUGUCAACUGGAUGAAAAAGAUGUUGAGGAGUACCUGAGACAAGUUGCAGCCCCAUCACCAAACAUCUCUCUUGCCAAUGCAGCCUCUGUCAUUGCUUCCUCUUCUCAUGUCAUUGAUGAUGAACGAGUUCGAACGAGAAGCGUUGGAGAGCUGAUCAACUUCUACUACCUUUGGAAGAAAACAGAGAGACAUGAUAUGUUUGCCAAUAGGACAAGACUCGAAAAAAAGAAGUACUUUCUCAAUCCAAACACAACAGACCACAUGGAUAGGUUUCUGGAUGAGCGGGACAGUCCAGUGCCAGUGGUGGCCCCAUCAGCUGGAUCAGGAUCAGGAUCAGCUGGGAACACAAGCAGAGAAAGAGACCGCAGCUCAAGUCCUAGCAUCCAUUCCCUGAUCUCGGGUGAUCCAAAGCGUCAUAGUCGCACUGAAUUUGUGCCCAUUGACCUCCCUCCUAUGUCUACUUCUGAUCCCAACCAUCUGGAUGAAGACCUGGCCCAGCAUCUUGACCAAGACAGUCUCCAGAGCCUUGUGCAAUUGGCAGCAACUGCCACAGACGAGAAAGAACCAUCAUCUGGCUCAGUGGCCAUGCAGAUUGCCACAUCCAGUGCAGACACUAUUCCAGUCCCUGUUCCGUCCCUUAGUAGUCAUGGGACGGUGCUAGAGUUCAUGUUCAAGUUGCUCGACAAGAUCAAAGAUGUUGGACUGUCAAUGGCAAAUCAAUUAGACAUCUUCAGUAGGUUGGACAAGAGGGUCAUAACCUUAUGGCUGUUGGCAUCAUCCAAAGCAUUGCCUUCUUUCAACCAUGCCAGGAGACCAAGAGAGAUUUGGAGAUUGUGCAUGUCCUAUGAAGCCUUAAAUUCUACUGUUAGUCCACCAGAAGUUGCUCCUCCACUAGGGAAGGCAGGAUACAUUGGCAACCAAGUGAUGAAUCCACAACUCAAGUUUUCUAGAUGCACCAAAUUGGCAUCUAUAUGUGCUUAUUGUCUCGGUGCUGUGGCCAACCUUGCAAUCGUUGGUGGUGGCAUUGGUGGCACAGGUGCUGCAUACUUCCUGAGCCAACUUGGUCUAGAUAUCUCCCAACUGGAACUGUAUGAACCAGGGAAGAUAGGAGGUAGACUAGCCACCACAUUCAUUGACCAAAAACAGUAUGAGAUUGGAGGCUCCAUCAUUCAUCAAAAAAACAGAUACAUGAAGCAGCUUGUCAGUGAACUUGGAUUACAGGAAAGGAACAACACAGGAGGACAGAUCAAGUUUGGAUUGUAUGAUGGAAAGAACAUGAUCUUUUCUGAGUCCAAAUGGUACUAUUUCUCAAUUGUAGAGAUGGUUUUGAGAUAUGGGAUGUCCCUAUUUAGACUCCAAUCCCUUACAGAUGAACUGCUCCAGCAUUUUGACAGGCGAGCUUCUCAUCAAACUCUUUGUCCCAAGAUCUAUACACUUCAAGGUGCAGGGACAGCUUUCAAAAGUGUGUCAACAAUGCUGAAGACCAUGUCCAUGAGCCUCUUCAGUGCCACCAGGGAAUCUCUGUCAUCCUUCCUCGAGAAACAGGGUCUUUCAGAAAAGAUUCGUGAGGAGUUGGCAGCAGCUGCUGCACAUUGCAACUAUGCACAAGAUCCUGAUGAUAUACAUGCUUUUGUGGGUAUGGUGAGCAUUGCUGGGGCAACUCCAAACUUAUGGGCAGUCAAUGGGGGUAAUAAACAAGUUCCUGAAAAACUUCUGCAAAACUCUAAAGCCCAUCUCAUCAGGAACCAAGUCACAAGCAUCGAGGCUCUUCCAGAUGGUACUUACAAGGUCUCCAGUUCUUCUUGCCAAGACUUCUCCCUCCAACAUGAGGGGAGUGGCAUUGCAAAAUGGAAGCAAUGUGAUGGAAAUGCAAAUGUUGUGAUCUAUGACUUGGUCAUCAUAGCAACACCAUUGACAAAAGACAAGGCAAAUAUAACUUUCAAAGGAAUGGAUAUCCCAGCAUUCCCUGGCCAUUUUCAACGAUUGGUGACCACCAUGCUCCAGGGAAGACUGAAUCAAUCUGCAAUUGGAAAUGAUGGAGAUCCCAUUGGAGAAGUAUUGACUACAGCUCAUGGAAAUCAGGUCUUCCAGUGCCUUGGACAGAACUUUCCAGUUGAGAGCAAGUCUCAACCAUCUGAACAACAAGUGUGGAAGGUGUUUUCCAGUAAACCAUUUGAACAAGUGAAGCACUACUUCACAGACAUCAGUGAGCUGCAGACAUAUGACUGGCUUGCCUACCCACAUUACAAUGUUGAACAGCAUCUAGGAGAAUUUGAGCUGAGACCAGGAUUGUAUUAUAUGAAGCUGAUGAACAUGGAGACACCACUCAUGAUAAGGCACCAAGUUAAGAUACUCAACGAAAGCGCCCAUCUGGAAGAUGUCACUGCGUACUAUCAACGGAAGCGCUUCUAUAAGGAGUAUGAAUUCAAUCCGAAAACAGCGUGA